GACCUCUGAUUGCAGAGCCGGAAGCCAACCAUGGGGAAUCCGUGACACCGAGCAAUGAUGCUCAAAUCGCUCCGUUGCAUCUACUCUCAUUUCAGAUGAGCAUUCUUCUCAACUUGGCGCAGGUGUCCGAUACUAUUGGGAUUGGAGCAAGAGUGGAAUGGAAGAAAGCUGUCCUUAUCUUCUCCUCCAACCGGUAUCUCCUCCCUGAUCGAAUAUUAUGA